GAUGACCUGGAUGAAAACCCAGAUGCUUUGGAUAACCAAGAAGGUGGCGAAGAAAGAGAACAACAAGAGGGCCUUGCUGAAGAAGGUAUAGGUGAGGAAAGUCAGGCUCACUCGACAGUAGAAGGUGAAAUUCCUCCGUGGUGUGUGUGUUUUAAUUGCAGGCCUAUGCCUCAAGAUAUUGAGAACAAAUGCUGCAAUUUGAAAAAAUGCAUAACCUUGUCAUCACGAUUUUCAAAGAUAUGGCCUGGACCCUGAUGUGCUUGAACUGUGCAUUAGAAACACAAGCGAUAUUAGAAAUGAUCGAGAAGACAACAGCACAAGGGCUUUUCGUAAAGCUGCUUACAGACAGUUCAUUUUGACCUGACAUGGAUAUUUGGGGAAAGGGAACCGCCGAGUUUGCCCGUCAUGUGUAGUCUUCAAAAUAAGACAGCGUUAUUCAUCUGUGACUGGAAUUUAUAUGGAUAUAGAGAACGAUGAAUAAACUCGGAUAAUAUAAAACAUUUGACAUCCAAUUUUCAUUACUUCACAAUACUGUACAUAGAAAGAGGUUACUUUAUUUCAUUUGACUUUGUAUAUAGCAUUAUAAUAAUUUAAAAAUAGAAUGUGGGAAUAUAUUGGUGCAAAAAUAUGAAUGUGCAAAUAUACCAGUUAGUGUUAUCAAAAUCUACUUUUCUUUGCGGUAUAUCCUUUGUUGCUUGUGCUGGUGUGUGGGUAAUAGUGGGAGCAAUGUUUCCUGGGUCACUAACAUUGAAGGAGACAUGGCAGGUUACAAUCUCUGUGUCAUGCAAUCUCAUGUUAAUGAUCUUUGACAUCAUAAUUGGAAUGUAAUCAUAUCCUUUAUCGACUUUGACCUUUUUUACAUCCCACUUGUACCUUCUAGUAAUCAUCUCAACACCGGAUUUACUUUUGGCAUUCGGAAGAUUGAUGUGAAAAUUCCAAUCUAUUGUUGCUAAUUGCUUCCGGGCUUUGUACACUCUAUAACUUCAGUAAUGAACCUUUGAGUAUAUAUGUGAUACAUUGCAUAAAAGCAAUCGUUAUCCUCACCUGAAUGGCACUCUCUUUGGUGUAUAUACCAGGCUGAGGCUAUUGACACAUUCUAUUUCUCCAGUGUGUCUGUCAAAUAAAAAAAGGGACCUAAAUUUAUAACUUCUACUUAUAAAUAUUAUAUAUGUGUAGGUUUUGGUCAGUGAAUUGAAACACAAUAGGUGCAGUAAUCCAGUAAUAGGUGCAGUAAUGCAAAACAGAUAAAGUGAAUAGAUAUGUUGCACACCCUAAAAACCACUAUUCAGUUUGUUUUGUCUGUUAAGAAUUCUCAGGGUGGUGAUCUCAUUGAGCUGACAAUGCUUUACACAUGACUGUAUUGGUUUUUUGAGGUAAGCAAAUAUUUUUUUUAUAUAUUCUAGAAUGGGUCCAUACCUAAAUCUUGUAUAAUAUCUGAAGCUGUCCAGCAGUUCUGGAUUUAAGAUGACCUUCUGCAGCUCAAUGUAGUCAUUUUCGCACCUGUCAAACCAAGGAAGGUUUUCAUCAUGGUCUCCUUUGGGAUGCUUGCAUUUACCACCAAGCCAUUCAUGGGUAUUGCAUACAUGGUGUAAUAAUCCUAUCCACAUGUCCUGUAGGUUUUAAAUAAAAAGGGAUCAGUUGUAGUUUGCCUGCAUGAAGAAUUUUGAUCAAAUGAUGAUCAAAAAACUAACCUUCAUCAGUUUUAAUGCAUCGGCAUCUGAUGUGGAUUCAUCUGCUUUGUAUUCACUUGCACAGUACCAAAAGUGACAAACUAUAUGACUUGACAAAUCUUUUAUCUUCUUCAUUGCCUUUGGUUUGCCAAGCUAAAAUUAAAUAAAAUAUUUUUUAGCAUGUGAAAGACAAUCAAGAUAAAAAUUGUGAACAAGACAAACACAAGUUCAUUAAUACCAGUACAAUGACUUUAAUUAACCCAUUGAGCCACAGUGCUCCCUACUUUUUUACUUGUCUAAUGCCAGACGAUUUUACUCAUCAAUGGGGGAAGCUCUGCAGCUUAAUAAUGGGUUAACCAAAAAAUCAUACAAUGUCUCUAGCUAACCCAUUGAGCCGCAAUGCACCCCAGUGUGCCCUAAUUAUUUUACUUGUCUAAUGCCAAACGAUUUUACUUGUUAAUGGGGAAGCUCUGCAGCUUAAUAGGUUAUCAGAACAAUUUGUUUCCAUAACUUGAGAACUAACCUUAUCCAGGCACUUCUUUAUAGACUUUGCCUUGUGCCAAACAUCCAAACUGUGUUUCACUUGUAUGAAGUCAGUUUCUGAAAUGGUAGCAAUAAGGGUUUGAAAUUCAAUUUUUUUCUCAGUAUUCAAAUGGUGCCUUGAUUCAAAGUUUAGUACCCCCCUGAAAAUCCAGUAUCCAAUUCUGAAUACUAGUUGCAAAUAACGUUUGGUAUCCAAAACCAAAUUUUAGUAUCCUGUGGAUUAUCUUCAUCAGUAUAUGCAGGCACAGUUAAUAGAAUGAGAUGGUUUGGAUAGUGGGCGGAGUUUCGGCAUAUCUUUUUGAUCCCAUGUUUGGAGGGUCACAUGACUGAUAGUGUGCAUCAAAUUACAAAUCCUUAAUAGUGUAAAGCAAAAAUCUCAUCGAGAAACAUCGUUUUCAAAGGCUGUCUUUAAUUUUUGUGCUGUUUUUAUAAUUCGAGAUGUAAGUUUUCACCAUGCCCGGUAGAAAUUGUGCAUUUUUUGGUUGUCCGACCAGCCAAAAGCACAAAUUAUCGUUAUUUCAAAUUCCUGUUGUGAACGCCAAACAAAGUGAAUGCCAAGCAAAGCGAACACACUGCGUCGCUAAAGAAAAAAACCUGAGAAAAAUGGCUCAAUAUUAUUCUCAGGACAAGAGAGAGGACUUCAGAACUGAAGGAACGGAUAAACAAGAAUAAUAUAUAUGUUUGCGAACUCCAUUUUAAAGCCGAUUGCAUUUUAAAAGGUAUGUUUGUUGCAUAACUUGCGCUUGUAUAAUUGUUAUGAUAAUUAAUAUGUAAAUUUUGCUUAGUCUGCAAAUGUUGGAUGCAAAUGGAUGCAAAUGUUGUCUUGUUGACAGCCUGAAAGAUAAAAAUAUGGCUUCUCGAAUCUCUCCGUUUCAAGAAAACUUUCGUCCUUUGCUCGAAAUGUUGAGAAGCGGCUAUAUUUUUAUCUUUUAGGCUGUCGAGAUUCAUACAACCUUGGCCGCUUUUUUAAUAUGGAGCCGAAGCCAUCUGAAACCAUCAAGUUGUUAUAUAUGUUUUAAUGUUUAUAAUAGCUUUCUGCAUCUUUUUUCCACUGUAUGCAUAUUUUUAUACAUGAAAACAACCACGGUUUUAGACUAUAAACGUACCCACAAAAUAUAAUCUCAACUGAGUUUUAUAAGGAUUGUUAGUGAUAUACUGAUAUUUGUGUGUUUGACACCCUGUCAGGCUUCAUGCUGUAAUUCCAUACGUCGUUUGUAUUUACUGCCCAGUUGGAUAUCUAAUAUUUUAUCUGCACCAUUUUUGAAGUAUAUAAAGUUCAUGUGUUUUUUACUAUAUAUGAAGUGGCAAGUACAUGUAGCUGUUUUAUAUGUGUUGUAGUCAUGUAUGACUGUUAACACUUUAUAUUUUAAUACCGUAUGGUGAAAGCAACUUGGAUUAAGAUUCUUUUGAUUCACUAGCUUGACACUAGCAGAUUUUGUGCUAUUUUGAAAUAUCGACUCUAUCAGUUUUGAAGUUCUAUUAUGCAUUACAAUGUAUGGAAUUUAUGCACUUAUAUUUAAUAAGUGUAACAUUUCUAUAGAGAACACAACUACUUGUGUGCUAAUUAUAACCAUUUGCAGAUCCUGAUGAGCCAAACUCAAGAAAAAUCCUUCAAACUGGCAGUAUCCCCACAGAGAACCUGCCCUUAAGAUCCCAUGAGACCAAGAAGACACCACGCCGAGUUAUUGAGAAGAAGGCACCAAGACAAGAGCUACAAGAGGAUAUACCAUCUUCCUCCCAUUCGUAUUUAGAGCCAGGAUUGUGUUCAGAUGAUUUAAUUAAUCAACUUGACAAUGAUACUUUAUUGGAAUGGAAAAGUGAAGUGUGUGAUGAUGGCAAUGUCAAUUUUUUUCUGACUGACAAUGUCCAUGGAGUUGCCAAAUAUACAGUUGUUAUGGAUUCUUGUUCAAUGGAGUUUACGGCAUAUGCUUUUAAUUGGCCAAUACUUGAUGACCACAAUAUCUACAACGAAUAUAAACGAUCUAUCAAAAGUGGUGAACAGUUUCGAGAGGUGUUGUCAACAAUAGAGAAAAGCAAGCUAUGUGAAGGUGUGCCUGAAGAUCAUCAAACAAAAAAUGCUGCUAUUGAUCCGAACACUAACAUAACCAUUGCUAUUCCUCGAACAGUUAUUCGCCACUCUGUUCCGAAAAAACCAUCACCAAAGCAAUUUGAAGCAACUGUUUUCUUUCGUUCACCUAACUGUGAUGUCAUCAUAGAACGUUCUGAAGUCUGUGAUCCAUGCUCAAUUAUCACCAAACAACUAAAGAAGACAAACAAAAAGAGAGCUAAAACAUCCCCAGCAAAGAGUAAGGCUCCUCUUUCAGCAUGUGGACCUGACAAGUUACGAGCAACUCUCGUCGCUGCAAGGUCAAAGUGCAAAUAACUUGAAGGAGAACUGCAAGAGCUCCAAAAGAAGAUUACCAGUCAAGGCGUAUCCAUUGAUAAGACUUUGGAGGAGGACAUUCUGAAGAUAAUGGAUGGACAAAAUCUAGAUAGUACUCCACACAUGAAAUUCUUCUGGCAAGAGCAGAUGAAGCUUUUGCAAUCUUCUAGUUGUGGACGAAGAUAUCACCCACAAAUUAUUCGGUUUGCUUCAUCCCAAAUCACCAUCUGCCUAUAGAGAGCUCAGAGAAAGCGGUGCCUUGGUAUUACCCAGUGAAAGAGUUUCGAGAGAUUAUAAAAAUUAUUUCUCUCCAAAAGCAGGGGUAAACGCAGAAAAUGUAGAAUCUUUGCAAAACAAGGUGAAAUCAUUUAGCGGAAUUCAACGAUACGUCGUUCUGGUCAUGGAUGAGAUGAAGAUCCAAUCAAAUCUUGUAUAUGACAAGCAUUCUGGUGAUCUGAUCGGGUUUAUUGAUCUUGGUGAUCCUAUGACAAAUUAUGCAUGUCUGGAUAAGGAAGAUAGCGUUGCCACUCAUGCAUGGCAUUUCUUGUUAGAGGUUUAGCCACUGAUAUGAAACAUAUCAUUGCCUAUUACUUUACAGGGAAUGUCACUUCAUACCAGCUAAUGCCCAUUUUCUGGAAAGUUGUGUGAACAUUGGAGCUGUCACUGGAUCUUUGGGUGAUUGGUCUGGUCAAUGAUGGUGCUUCACCAAAUCGCAAAUUAUUUAAUCUCCAUAGCAUGUUGGCUGGGAAGAUGAAUGUGAUGUUGUAUAUAAGACUUUAAAUCUUUUUGCACCAUCACGUUUUGUCUACUUCGCAGAUUCUCCACAUUUACUGAAGACAGCUCAAAACUGCUUGUAUAAUUCAGGAUCAGGGUCACACAGUCGAUACAUGUGGAACAAUGGCAAAUAUCUUCUAUUUAAUCACAUAGCAGAUCUUUUUUAUCAGGAUCAAGCAGUUGAGCUCCAUGUGCUUCCAAAAUUGACAUUGAAUCACAUUACGCUAACGAGUUACAGCAAGAUGAAGGUGAGAUUGGCAACUCAGGUUCUCAGUCGGUCGGUUGCAAUAGCAUUGGAGGAAAGCGGAAACAGUGAUGUUUUGGAGACUGCACAAUUUUGUCGAAUGAUGAACGAUUUUUUUGAUUGCACCAAUGUAAGAUCUCUUACUGAGCAUGUCAAAAAAUAAAUGAAUUCAUCAAGCCCUACACUUCUGCUGAUGAUGAUCGGUUUGGAUGGUUGGUUGAUGUUUUUCUUCAGUACCUGGAGAGUUGGAAGGCAUCCACUCAUGAAAGGGAAGGAGACUUCUCUGAUGAUGCAAGAGGAAAGAUGUUCUUAUCCAUGCAAACGUACAAAGGUCUGAAGAUUUCUGUCUUUUCCCAUGUUGAGGCCAUCAAGUUUCUUCUGGAAAAUGGGUUCCAGUAUGUCCUGAGUGAAAGGUUUAUGCAGGAUGUACUGGAGGAUUACUUUGGACACCAGCGUUCCAAAGGACAACGAGCAGAUAAUCCUAGUGCCUAUGAAUUUGGCUACAAUGAUCUCACCAUUGCAGCGCAGCGAGACAUUGCUCCAGUUGUACGAGGAAAUGUUGGUGGCAGAUAUGAAAAGAAAAAGUGGUUUGCUGUGAGUGAUGAGCCAGUGCAGAAGAGAAAGAAAAAAUAA